AUGGCAGCGAGCGGGGAUCUUCUUCAGGGGACGCCAGCGCAUGCUCUGCCCGGCAACGAGGAAUUCCCCGAUUUCUGUUUACACGCACAUGCACACGCACACGCCCACGGCAGCCACAUCCAGACCAACGCCGACACCAACCAACAUUACCGUCUCUCCAACUCGCACUCAACCACAUCCAACGACUCUGCCGAUAACAGCACAGACAGGAGACACAGGCAGCGGGACUCAAAGCAGCGCUUCCGCUCCUCCACUUCUUCGAAUCCCGCGCGCCUCGCUGCCAUCGAGCGCGCAUGCCAGGGCCUGACGAAGAUGGCCUUCGCCGAGCAGCAGAAAUGGGUGACGGUCCAGCAAAAGACCUUUACCAAGUGGCUCAACACAAAGAUUGUGGCACGGGAUCUCGAGGUUAAGGACCUCGUGGCGGACCUCAGUGAUGGUGUCAUCCUCAUUCACCUACUAGAAUGCCUAUCACAAGAAUCACUAGGCCGCUAUGCGGCGAAGCCAAAGCUGCGCGUUCAGCGCUUCGAGAACGCCAACACCGCCCUCAACUUUAUCAAGUCGAGGGGCAUCCAGAUGACCAACAUUGGUGCCGAGGACGUUGUCGACGGGAACCGCAAGAUCAUUCUCGGGUCUCAUCUGGACCCUCAUUCUACGCUUCACCAUCAGCGACAUCAACGAAGAGGGCAUGACGGCAAAGGAGGGCCUGCUCCUGUGGUGCCAGCGCAAGACGGCAUGCUACGACGAGGUCGAGGAGAUCGGCAUCCCCAAGCUGCUCGACGUGGAGGAUGUGUGCGACGUGCCAAGCCGGAUGAGAGGUCCCUGAUGACGUACAUUGCCUACUGGUUUCACGCCUUUUCUCAGAUGGAGAAGGUCGAGAACGCGGGCCGAAGAGUGGAAAAGUUCUUCACCAACAUGUCGGGAGCCUGGGAGAUGCAGAGUGCGUAUGAGAGGCGCAUGGCGGCGCUGCUGAAACAGAUUCAAGGGCAGAUCGAGCAGUGGCAGCAGGCCAAGUUCGAGGGCACAUAUGUGGACGCCAAGGCGCAGGCGAUGGAGUUUACAGCGUACAAAAGGGGCCAGAAGAGGGAGUGGGUGGGUGAGAAGAGCGAACUGGCAACUUUGCUCGGCAACAUCAAGACAAAGUUGGGCACAUACCGGCUUCGGCCAUACGACCCGCCAGUGGAGCUGUCGCUGGACACGAUGGAGCGGGAGUGGGCCAAUCUGUCCAAGACGGAGAUGACGAGGGCGCAGCUCAUCAACGAGACGAUCCGAGACAUCAAGAACGCGCUGCGAAAGUCAUUUGCUGACAAGGCCAAUGACUUUGCCAUGGCGCUCAACACGAUGCAGCUUGCCAUCUCAGGUCUGGACGGCGACGUCGAGGACCAACUGCAUCACGUUCGCAAGCUCAGCGAGAACCUGUCUCCCAUGGACCGCUACCUCGACACCAUUGCCGCGGUGGAUGCCAAAUGCCAAGAAGCCAACAUUGAGGAGAACGACUUUACGACAUACGCCUACGACGAGCUCGCGUACGAGCUCGGCCUCGUCAAGUCCUCCGUGCAGAAGAAGCUGUCCUUCCUGGAGAACCAGAUGGUCGCUCGUAACAUGACGAACCUGACGCCCAUUCAGCUGGAGGAGUUUGAGUCUGUGUUCCGCCACUUUGACCGCGACGACUCGAACGCGCUGCAAGAGCUCGAGUUCUCCGCCGCCCUCGCCUCGCUCGGCCUCGUCUUCUCCGAGGACGAGAUGCACGAGUACUUCCUCGAUACGUCGCACGGGCGCGACCGCGUUACCUUUGAGCAGUUUAUUCGCUUCAUGGUCAACGUCACAGAGGACCAAAACACGGCCGAGCAGGUCUUCCAGUCGUUCCGCGAGGUCGCCGACGGCAAGCCCUACGUCACCGAGAUGGACCUCCGCCACUCGCUCGUCCCCGACGAAGUCAUCGACAAGCUCGUCGACCUCAUCCCCCUCCACUCGGGCCCGGACAUGCUCGACGACCGCGGCAUGCCGCAGUACGACUACAUUGCCUUCAUGGACAAGCUCAUCAGCGGCACGGCGGGCGGCAGCUGCGAUGCCAGCAGCGCCGGCGGCGACUAUGAUGACGAUGAUGUGCCGUCGGGGGUGCUGAAGGAGCGUACGAACCAGGACAGCAUAACCUGA